UUCAUCUUUUUUCCUUUUUACCACGCUCUACCUUUUUUUUUUUGUUCUACAAUCUACACCUACUUUUUUGCGGCCCAGUUCACAUAUUAGCACUUAAUUAAGCCUCUGCGUUGUCUCUAAUCGUAUUGUGACCAUGGGACACGAUCAGUCUAGUUCUAAAGAGGACCUUGGCAGCAUCCACUCGACUAAGGCUAGCGAUCAGCCGCCCAAGAAGGCAGGGUUCUUCAGCAAGUUCGCAAAGAAGGAGCCCAAGGAGAAGACACCAAUGGUCCCGCUCAUGCAGAUUUUCCGGUUUGCCGACACCGUCGACAAAAUCCUGAUUGCCAUCGGCCUUGUGGCGGCAUGCGCAGCAGGUGCCUCGAUGCCGCUUAUGACGCUCAUUUUCUCCGAUCUGACUGGUGAGCUGCUGAUUUUCAACAAUCAGGAUGUUAAUAAUCCCAUCGUCAGGCAUGCGUUGGACCACUCUGUGCGCAAGUACUGCUGGUACUUCUUCGCACUGGGUAUGGGCACCUGGGUUGUCGCAUCCGUGCAGAAGCUUGUGUGGAGUGUUGCAUCCGAGAGACAGGGCAAGCGCGUCCGACAUCGGCUGGUUCGAUGGUCUUUCCACCGGCUGAGCUCACCACGCGUAUUUCUGGCGACGUCAAUCUGUCUGCAAGAGGGUAUCAGUGAAAAGUUCAGCUUUGUCAUUCAGUACUCUGCUACGUUCCUCACUGGUAUUAUCCUCGCGUUUGUCAAGGGCUGGAAGUUGACGCUGGUUGUGCUUGCGGUUAUGCCUGUUAUGGUUACAGCAGCAUCGCUUAUGGGCAUAUUGCUUGCCGAGAACACAUCGGGCGGUCAGGACUCAUACGCUGAGGCAGGCGGUGUUGCUGACGAAGUCCUGUCGUCGAUCAAGACCGUCAUGGCGUUUGGUGGCGAAGACCGCGAGCUGGAGCGCUACAAUAGCAAGACUGCCAAGGCGCUGAAGGCUGGCUUGCGUAAGGCCAAGGUUCUCGGUGGAUCAAUGGGGUUCAUCAUGUUCACUGUGUUCAGUGUCUAUGCACUGGGAUUCUGGUUCGGCGGCAAGCUUGCUCGCAAUGGCGAAAUGAAGCCUGAUCAAGUCCUCAACGCGUUCUUCUCACUGAUUGUUGGUGGAUUUUCCCUUGGCAAUGCUGCGCCAAGUAUCUCUGCGGUCUCUAGUGCUCGGGGUGCUGCCGUCAAGGUUUUUGAUAUAAUCGACCGCAAGGGUGAGAUCGAGCUCUCCAGCGUCAACUUCCGCUACCCGACCCGCCCUGAUGUCCAGAUCCUGCACGACUUCAGCAUCAGCGUCAAGCCCGGCCAGAAGAUUGCGCUUGUCGGCGAAUCUGGUUGCGGCAAAUCGACCAUGAUCGGCCUGGUCGAGCGGUUCUACGACCCCGAGAGCGGCGUGGUCAAGAUUGACGGUGUUGAUGUGCGCGAGUACAACGUGCGCUCUCUGCGCCAGCAGAUCGGUGUCAUCAUGCAGAUGCCGGUGCUGUUCGGAUACACCAUCUACCAGAACAUCAUCUGGGGCGCUAUCGACGUCGACAACAACCCGCCGACGAUGGAGCAGGUCAUCCAGGCAUGCAAGGACGCCAACGCACACGACUUCAUCUCUGAGCUCCCUGAUGGCUACGACACGAUGUGCGGUGAGCGCGGUGCGCUGUUGUCCGGUGGGCAGAAGCAGCGUAUUGCUAUUGCCCGUGCGCUGGUGCGGAACCCCAAGAUUCUGCUGCUUGAUGAAGCCACGUCUGCACUCGACUCGAAUGCUGAGCGCGUUGUGCAGGAUGCGCUGGACCGGGCAUCGGCAAACCGCACCACGAUUACCGUCGCCCAUCGCCUCAGCACCAUCAGGGACUCGGACGUGAUCUAUGUCAUCUCCAAGGGUCGUGUUCUGGAGUCCGGCAACCACGAGGAGCUGAUCGGUCUCGACGGUGCGUAUGCCAAGCUUGUCGAGGCUCAGCAGCUGCGCCAGUCGAUCGAGAGAGGCGUCGAGGAGUUCACUGCAGGUGAAUCGUCUGGAUCCGACUCUCCUGGCUAUCUCGGCCACCGAAAAUCAUGUGGUGACCAGAGACUCGCUGAUGAGAAAAGUUUUCGAUUCAGCGCACCGGGACCGGACAGACUGGUCUUGAGACCAUUGCAUCAGUCAAUGAGUCUCAAGCUGAUGACGAAAAGGAUAUCGACCCGGAGACUGAGGAAGGCAAGAGGCUGGCUGAGGAGCGCGACAAGGCUAUGCGCAAGAGCGGCUAUCAAAUCGCUGCCGCGUCUGAUCAAGAUGAACAAGAAGCACACCAUCAUGUUCAUUCCAGGCUUCAUCGCAACUGUCAUCGACGGCGUCGCAUUCCCGUGCUUCUCGAUUUUAUUCUCGGAGAUGCUUGUCGCUAUUGGUAUUGACGAUCAUGAUAAGCAAAAGCAUGAGGUCAACAAGUACGCUGGCCUGUUUUUCAUGCUCGCCUGCAUCGUUUUCUUUGCCAACGGCGGUCGGUCAUUCUUCUUUGGCACUGCUGGUGAGAACAUCACGUACCAUAUUCGUUACGAUGUUUUCCGUGCCAUGAUGCGUCAGGAUGCUGCGUAUUUCGACAAGAAGGAGAACGGCACCGGUGCGCUAACAUCGCGGCUUGCAACUGAGGCUGCCGAUGUGAACAAGUGCAUCGGUGAGGCAUUCCCUGCUUUCAUCGGCGGCAUUGCAAGUAUAAUUGCUGGUGUUAUCAUUGCGUUCAAAUAUGACUGGCGCCUGACGCUGGUGAUUCUGGCCACCCUGCCGUUCCUCAUCUUCGCUUUUGUCAUGGAAGGUAAGGCUGUCUUUCAGUCAACCAAGGCAAUGAAGGGCGCGUACGAGAAGGCGUCGCAGGAGGCUGCCGAGACUGUCUCGAACAUCCGCACCGUGACCACUCUGACACGCGAGCACACGUUCAUCAAACAGUUCGAGGACAAUAGCAUUGGGACCAUACAAGAGCGCUAUCCGCAACCACUUUAUCAGCUCAAUCGGCUACGGGUUUGCUCAGUCCACUAUGUUCCUUGUCUACUGCCUUGCGUUCUUCGUCGGAUCGCGCUUUAUUCUCAGCAAGUCAUGUAUGCUAUUGUGUUUUCUGCCAUGGCGCUGGGUCUGAUGGCUCAGCAGUCGUCGACGCUGAACAAAAGUCUGAUUUCUGCAGAGAAGCUGCUCAGGACUAUCGAAAGCGUGCCGAAUAUCGAUGCUCAUUCUGACGAAGGCAUCAAGGUCUCUCGCGACCAGAUCACUGGCGACAUUGCUGCCCGGAAGGUCCGUUUUGCGUAUCCGACUCGUCCUGGUGCCACUAUUCUGCGCGGUAUCACGCUCGGCGUCACACCUGGCAAGACCAUUGCUCUGGUUGGUCCGUCGGGCUCAGGAAAGUCCACCAUCAUCGGUCUGGUCCAGCGCCUGUACGAUGUGCUGGGCGGCAGUGUCGACGUCGAGCGCACCGAUGUUCGCCAGUGGAAUGUCAAGUCACUGCGGUCCAACCUGGCGCUGGUGGGCCAGGAGCCGGUGCUGUUCGACUACACGAUUGCCGAGAACAUCGCGUAUGGCCGCCCUGACGCGACACAGAUGGAGAUUGAGGAGGUCGCCAAGCAGGCCAACAUCCACAACUUUGUCAUCGAGCUGCCCGACGGCUACAACACGCGUAUCGGGCAGACCGGCGGCCGGCUGUCUGGCGGCCAGAAGCAGCGCAUUGCCAUUGCCCGUGCGCUGGUGCGUAACCCUAAGAUCCUGCUGCUUGACGAAGCGUCGAGUGCGCUUGAUUCGCAGAGCGAGAAGCUGGUGCAAGAGGCACUCGAUAUUGCGUCUGAGGGCCGCACCACGAUCACCAUUGCCCAUCGACUCAGCACAAUUCAGAAUGCUGACCACAUCGUUGUGUUCAAGCAGGGCCGGAUUAUCGAGCAUGGCACCCACGACCAGCUGCUGGAGCAGAAGGGUCUGUACAGCCUGCUUGUCGCUCAGCAGUCGCUGCAGAUUACACACUAGUGCUCAUCGUAUAUUCCAAAUAAAUGGAAGCAUUACCCAGUACGCAUUUUCG